CGAGAUGAACGGCUGUUACCUGGACGCCGAGGAGGACACAUGCAACGCGGCGCUGCAGACGGUGCUGACGGACCAGCCGGUCGGGUGGCGACACGUGGCCCUCGACACGGCGCUCGGCAUCCUCUACUUCUGCGACCUGAACCCUAAGAGGAAGGAGGUGCUGUGCUACUCCUCCGGCGACGGCGCCUCCUGGACCGCGCUGCCCUCUUACAUCGGCCACCUGGUGGGCUACGACGCCGCGACAGCCAUGAUGUACGCCAUGGACAAGAAGAACCGCGCCAUGGUGAGCAGUGCCGACGGAGUCAACUGGGCCAUCGUGGACGACGCCCUGGCGGCCACCAUCCCCAGCGUCGUCACGGCCGCCGUCGCCGUGCCGGGCAAGGGCAGCGCCGCCCUCACGCCCGUCAUCAUCGGCAGCUGGACAGCCGACUUCAACGGCCUGAUGUACGGCGGCGCCUACAAGGCGAAGUGGUCUAGCUGCUGCAGUUAGAAUCAGCCAAAACAAAACAAACAAAAAUACGGAGGCUAAGCAUACAACCAGCAGCGAAGCCAUCCCGCCCGCGCCGCCCGCAAGACGCCUACCGCCCUUCUGAGGCGCCUGGGAUGAACACGAAACACAAGCAACAGACACAAACAGAUCGAAAAUGAAGGAACAAAAGUACAUAUCAAAGUUAGAACAAGUUAGAACAUAGAUAACAUGCAGUCGCUAGAUGAGUUAUCAGGAGUAGAAACUAGGAUUUUAUAUAAUAGUUGCCAGUUAAACAUGUUUAGGCUUUUUAACGGUGUGAGGUCGGCCGCCUCGGUCCCCAGGCUCGGCCUCGGCUCCGCGCCCUCAGACCGCAGGCGUGUGCUCUCUGAUUUCUUACAUUGUGACAGAAUAUGCACACAUGCACACAUGCAUACAGCAUAAACCCUUAUAAUACAUACAUACAUACAUGUACAAAAGGUAUGAAUGAGAAUGGAUAUCUUCACAAUGCAAGAGAUGUAAUUGGCAGGUUUCGAUUAUACAUGUAUUCCUGACGAAGAUAUUAUCGGAACCGGUCAACUGCAUUUCCUAUAUAAUGAAGAUAUCAUUUUUCCUUUA